AGAGCGAGUGCAAACCGUCGGCGACGCCGUUCCAAGGCGUCGAUGUGGCGUAUUGAUUGUACAGUUCAGUUAGCGGCGGCUCUUGACGGCGCGAACUGCGCUUCUACGCGCAUUUCGAAACUCUCUUCACUCCGUUAUUGACUGUCGCGCCGAAAACAUUAUACUGUCUAUAAACGACACUUCGAUUUUGGCGCGAAACGUUAAGUCGCGCUUUCGGUUUUUAUAAUAUUUUUUUUUUAAACUCACUAUGCUAGUUUAAAUUUCGAUAUCACCACUUCCAGGAAGUUUUUGUGCCAAAAAUAUGGAUUGUUGCAACUACGUUCCGUAUCGACACCACCAGGGGUACUAUGGUUAUUAUAACGAACCUCUGCCGCCGUAUCACGGAGAAUUCUAUGGACACCAUAAUAUGUAUUAUGAUUAUUAUGGGAAUAUCAACCCUUAUUAUAGUCCACAUCAACAUUGGCAAGGCAGUGCAGUUUUUGCCCCUCAAGAUUAUGUCUACAAUCCAAAAGAGGCACGUUUGCGGAAAGCAAUGCGGGAGGCAAAUCGGGAUCGUUCUAUCGGCGCUUCCCCGAUGUUGCCGCGUCCCAGUGCUCGCAGAGCCGGCUCAUCCGGUUGGGUUACUCAGGGAGGCGCAAAUGUACCGGGUGGAUCCGUGGCAUCGACGACUCACGGUCCACACGAAGAGCCUCUUAUGAUGUCGUCUAUGGGACAAGGAAUGCGCGGUCCUGGCAUGGACUCGCCUUGUUUUCCCACGGGGAUGCCGUCUACAUCUGGUAGUAUCAACGGAAGCGGAAACGAACAAUUCAUGCCUCCGUCAAUGCGGGCAGCUACACCCGCUCCCGGUUACCCCACUACGAAAAUGGAUCAGGUUUCUCCUUUGCCGCCUCCGCCUGCUCCUACUCCUGGAGUACAUGCUCCUUACAUGCAGGCUAAUCCCUUAAGUCAACUUCAACAACAAACGGAGAUGUGGCAUAAUUAUUCAGAUGAUUUGAGGCCGAGAUCAUCAGGUAAUCCUUUCAUGAUGCCGGAUAUGCAAGCACCUUAUCAUCAUCAACCCUCGCCCCCACUCAGCAUACCUAGUCCGAUGCUAAUAGAAAAACAUCGUCGAACACCAGUCCACCCGAUUCACAUCAAUCCCAUUUCGAUGCCGAUGACUCCUCCCCAUAACUCGAUAAUGUCCAUGACACCACCGCAUUCCAACGAAAACGUUCCGCCUGACGAAUCGAUGCAUUUGAAAGAUAAAGUUCUGCAUGACAAUUUCGGGCAACUCGAAUCAAAACAUACCAUAGAACCGUCUCAACCUCUAAUGGAGAACAACGUUCAACAACAAAACGAAUUUAGUAGUAACAUUUAUGAACCAAACGUCGGUUUUAAUAAUAGCCAAAAUCAUCUCCAGCACAUGGAAAAAGCGGAAGAAAUGAAAAUGAAAAAGUCAAACACAUUAUCAACAAGUGCCAUUCGUACUUCUUCUUAUUCCAUAACUCCAAAGAAGCCAUCAACGAAACCUCUACCGGAUUUCAACGAGGCUUUCGGCUCAACGGAACGUGGUCGUUUCCAAAGUCCUCCAGAUCCAAGAUUAGCCCCAAACAAAGGCUUUUUGGAUCUUUUCGAGGAGGGACCACCAUUAAAAUUUGAAGAUUUCCAAAUCUAAAAUAAUUGUUUUGAGAGAAAUGGUUUUUAAUGAGAUUAACACUUGUUUAAAGUUUAUAAUAAUAUACCUUCUAACAGUUUCUCUUUAUUUCGGAUACUUAUAAUAAAUAUGUUGAUUCAAUAUUUUUACUGGGAGUUUCGAAAAAUUCAGUUGUUGAAAUUCCUAUAAAAUUUCACUUUAAUAAUAGAUUCAGCUCUGCAUUUUUAGCUCUAAUAAAAGAGCCAGUGACUGGUUGUAUUUGACCAAACCUAGAUUAUUUGAGUUUGUGCUACUCACAAAACGCAAAGCGACGAUUACUGCUAGAGCUCAGAUAGGCCAAGUAUCAAAAUUUGACAAAAUUUUUAGGUCCACGUCUAUUAUUUGUGAAUUUGAAAAUACAAUUUAUCAGUAGAAAAAUUUAUACCAGAAGACAAUUCGGGAAAAUUGAUGAUAAUUGGAUUUUCUAGAAAACCAUAUAUUCCAUUCAAAAAUUGAUAUGAUUUUCAAAAUCCCCAACGAGAUUCACAAGAAGAUUUUUUAAUUCCUUCACAAUAAACUCAAAUUUUCAAUUUUUUGCUAGAAAAUCGAAAAAUUUAUCGCAUCCUUCAAUAAACAAAACGUGUACUUUUAGUGUAGUCAAUGAACCCAAAACUAGUGUCUUACCUCCGAAUUUUUUUUCUGUGAUGCAUGGAAUUGGGUUCAUCUUUGGCUACCGUUAUACUAGGAUUCUAGCAUCCGGGAUGCUGGCAUCUGCGAGGUUAGCGGGGCAUUAAAUCAAAUGGGAGCGAUUAGACUAGGGAUGCCAGCAUCGGAUGCUAAAACAGCCUCCCGGAGGCUCGAUUUUGCUGCUGAAAUGCGAGCUGUCGGUCGCUUUUUGCAUACCGGGAUGCAUAAAAUCGUUUGUGGGACAUUGGUUCAAAUGCGGCGUAUUAUACUAGGCUGCUAGUAUCCGAGAAGGCGCUCUAUUUGACAUAUGCGCGCGCACGCAGUUUGAUCACGUGAGGGCCUGAGGCUGCUCUCUGCACUACACGUGUCGUCUCGAGUCGAGUGAUUACUGUGAAAGAAGGAAGUAACAUUCUAAAGUAAUUAAAAAAUCUUGUUUCACUAUUGCACAGUGCAUCAAACAAUGUAAAAUACAAACUUUUAACACGACGGACAGGGGUCCACACUAAACUUCCUUUUUGCACGGUGCCUUCUUUUCUUAAUUAGUAACAUCAGCAACAACAUAUCUUCAUUCGUUGGGGCCAUAUUGACGACUGGAAAAAAAUUAAAAUAAAAUAGCAGUUCGGGAUUCUAGCAUCCCAACACAAAUUCGACUCAAAGUGGGAUGCUAGCAUCCUAGUAUAAUGGUAUCUUCACCCUUAACUUCAAGAGUGAAAAUAAUCUGAGCUCCGCUCCGCUCCGUGAAACUAUAAAGUAUUUUCUAACACAAUUACCUCAUGAUAAAAUCAUUUUCCACCCCUUGAAAACCUUACUACCCUUGCAAAUAACCCCUAAAUUGAGAAAAUCAAAAACAAUUACUUUAGUAUUAAAGAUUUAAGUAUAGAGUAAAAUAUAUUUUAUGUUCUCUAUCUUAAUGGAAUUUUUAACCCCCUUUUGACACUUAAAAACAACCACUUGAGAAAAAAUUGUUUAAAAAUAUUUCUUUUGAUGAAACGAAACGGAUUUGAAUGCUAUUAUUAUCAUAUUCUCAAGUUUUUAAAUAUAAACGAAUUUCACUGCUUAAAAUAUUAUUUAUGUAAGGCAGAACUAAUUAGUUAUAAAUAUUUAUGUAAAAAAUGAACCCAAAAAAUGUGCUGAAUUAAAAAUUGUACUUUUCGUUAUUUACCAGUUAAUUUGGUGACAAUUUAAUCGAUUUCUCACUUAGAUAUUUGAAAGAAACUGAUUAAAUUAAUACGACAAUAAUCAAAAAUCUACCAGGGAUAAUCUAAGCAAUACACAUACGUAUCUUCAUUCACUUUACACCAAAUAUUCACACUCCGAAAUUUUGUUUUUAGACGACGCCUUCUGAAAAUUGUUCGUUCUGUAUUCAUUUACAGACCGAAAGUUGCGUUUUGAGUGUUCCAUGUAGUGAAACUGACAGUUCCGUACUGCAAAACACUUUUGGGACGUUCUGGAGUAGAAAAAUUUAACUUCCUUAAAUGUGGCUCUAGCCACUUCAAUGUUGACAGUUGACAGUUUCAAUUCAAUUAUUUUGCAUAACCUUAAAUUUUUAAUUUUCUGAAAUUAUUUGUUUUAUCCGAAGUUUAGUCAAAUACAAAUAGGUUCAUGGCUCAUGGUUAGGUUCACUAUGAUUUCCAGAUAAGUGAAACUGUUUAAUAGUUCGAUUAUUAUCGUAAGCAAAUUUAUUUCAAUAAAUCAAAGUGUUAAUCCAAGUUUAAAAUUCAUUUCUCAAAUUUAUCGACAAACAUAUAUCGUUUUUUUUUUUCAUUUCUUAAUAUGUUUAUUAAAUCUCAUAUUAUUAUUUCAAAUGUAGGUAAGGGUAUUUAUUAACACCCCUUAUGUGAUAAAUCGGGGUUUAUCGAUGUAUAUCUAUAAUAAAAUAAGCGACAUUGAAUCAAAAAUUGAAUUUAUCGUUAAAAUGAUUUUUAACGUAGAUAAUCAUUUGGAAAAUUGACAUUUUUGUUUAAAAACGAAAGUUUAUUUAUUGUUACAAUUAAAUAGGGGAAUAUAUAUAUGGUUGUUGAUGUUUCUGAUAACUUUAAACCAGAAUAAUAACUAAUUGCAGUAUCCUACAGUACAUCCAAGCGUUCUUAUUCGUCUUUUUUUCUCACUUCCUAUUCGGGUUUUUUUUGUAUAUAAUUUGCAAAUGUCUCCCCAUUUUGUCUAAUAUAACAUAACACUAAAUAAUAUUGGAAUAGGCCAACUCCAACAGAAUCUUAAUACCCAUAUGAUAGGUUGCCUUUAGCUACUAUAUCUUACUAGCCUUUUGUUAUAUUAUUGAAUGUAAUGAUUUUUGGCUUCGAUUUUUCUCCAGGCUCUGCGUCUCCAGAAUUAGAGAAGAACAAAGUCAAAAUUUUUCGUUCAAUCAACAAAUAUUCAUUGCGUAAACCCUUCCACAAUAGAAUGUGACCAAAUUAUUAGACACAUUGCAAGAUUUCAUGUAACAUUAAUUACAUACUGAUAUUGAUCAUUUUAUUGUUUUAAAUUUGUUUUUUAUUUUCAUAUUAUCUAAUUAGUUAACAUAAAUAAAACAGUGUGAAUCUAGAACAUCCAUAUCAUACAUGAAUAUUUUAUUCUAGAAGCUGGUUUUUGUUGGUGAACACCUCUUAAGCCAUUUCUCUUUUCAUCAGCUCUCACAAAUUUUCAAUUGAGUUCAUAUUGGGGUUAUUACCCGGCUAAUCCAACAUAGAAAUAUUUUCGUGUGCCAAAAAAUCUUUAAGAAACCGAGCAGUGUGGCAGGUAGCUCCAUAUUUCAUGAAAGUUCAUAGUUCCCUUUUUGUGACGUACAGACGUCCAGUACUCUUACCGCUCGUGAGUGACAAGAUCAUUACUUUGGUGGGAUGUUGGAAAGACACAGGAUAUUUUCUUCCAUGACGACGACGCACUUACAGAGCUUUUUUCCUCAAAAUUUUGAAAGAUUUGAAAAUACUAUAGAAGAGCCACCAGGUCUUGAGUCAACUUGGAGAAAAGAUAAAAUAAAAUUAGAGUCAAUUAGUUUCAAUGAAACUAACGAACUUGCUAGAAAUUUCAAUGGACCACAGAAUUGACGUAUUGAAAAUUCCGUUCGGAUGGGUUUCAAUCGAUUUUUUUAUUAAAUAUUGGUAUAGUAAUGGAAAAUAUGUAAGUGAAAUACGAAGGCAAACUGAUAAUACAAAGGAUAUAGAAAAACAAUGGACACAAUCAGAAAAUAAUAUAGUAAUAAACCUCAGAGCAAAUAUUAACAAAGAAAAUAUGCAAUAAUACAAAAAAAAGUCAGUGUGGCAGAUAGCUCCAUCUUUCAUGAAAGUGAAUAGUUCCUUAUUUGGAAGCCAUUUCCUUAUGAGGUACAGACGUCCAAUUUUUCAUUAAAUUACCGAUCUCCAGAAGUCCAUAUCUUUGUCUUGCCAUUGUUGGACCCACUUCAAGCGCUUCACUAUCAUUUCUGCUAUUAACUUGGGCUUCUUGGCAGGGCGAUAAGCAUUAAGAUCUAAUUCUUUCAAUUUUCUUCGAUAUGUGCGCUCAGAAGCAUUUACUUUAUCAUCUUGGAGAUAGCAAAUCUGUUUUAUAGAUAUUGGUGUUCUACCGCAUUUUUUCUUUCUUUUUGUCUCAAUUUUCUGUCUUAUGCGUCGUACUCUACACGCAUCAGAAAUAUUAUAUCUUCGUGAUAUUUCCUGGUUUGUGAAUUUUUUCGCAUUCUCACGAGCCCUCAAUUUUUUUAUUUGGUGGAAGAUCACCUAUAAAGAAAAUAGUGGAACUAUUUUUUUUUGAAGACACUGCAUACAAAAUAAACUAAUAACUGAGUAGUAUUCCGAAUCCGAUACAGGUUUGUACUUGAUUACGUUCAUGUAUCACUUUAUCAAUACAGUGUUCCCAUGUGUUAAAAAUAAAUAACUAUCGGUAGUCGAGAACAAAUUUUUUUAAAUAAAAAUCAAUAAUAUUCCAAUUUGAAUGUACAAUUACGGUAUAUAACAUAUAAUUAUUAAAAUAAUAUACAAUAUACAGUGCGUCUAACAAUUUUGCCAGAGACUGUAACUGUGUAACCCCUUUAUUUAUAUUUAUUUGAUCUAACUGAAUUUACCUACUCUUUUAUUUGGUUACCUUCAAAGAACCUUCGCCGUUUCGAAGUACAAGUGACACAACUGCAACAUCAAAUUUAUAUAACGUAUAAUUGUGAAGGGUUUAAAUGACAAAACAUAUUGAGUAAUAUAUUGAGGAUAGGAUAUAUAUACUCAACUUUCAUUUUCCAAGGAUUACCCUAAUUUCAACCCCUAAAUGCAUUUCUUUAAAAAUGUUUAGAGCUUACAAACUCUCGUUUGUUACUUAAUUCAAAAAACAGAAUUUUGGAAGCUAUUUUAUCAUACAUCUGAGUAUGUAAGUUGUAUUUUAGGGUAUAAUAUACACAGCGACCCAAAAGAUCAACUCUAUAUUGUACGUUAAUUUAGGUGUUUAUCAAAAAUCAAACUUGCGAAUUGUGGUAAGAAACAAAUGAGGCAUGUGACCUGGUACUAUAAGUUCGUAUAUUUCGAGUUUCGUUUCCAGAUUUUCGAAAUAACCAGACUUAUAUUCUCUAAUUCACUCAAAAUUUGUUGGCAAUUCUUGUAUGUACUUUAAAACAUGAAUUUUCGAAAAAAACAAAUAGCAUGGUAACAUUAAAUGAACAUUUGUUGAUAAAAAACUUUAUUUAAUUUUAAGUUCAUAGCGUAAUUAUCAAAUUGUGCCUUUAUAAGGACUGUUUUGGGAAUUUCAUUUGAAAUAUCAUUUCAAGAAUUUUAUUGUUUUUGUAUUAUUUUGGGACCAAUGAUUCCUGUAGUUUGUUUUAAUGUUAAUGAAUAGUAAAAGGCUCAUUAUUAUUUCAACAGACAAGUGAAGUGUAUACCUUGAUAAACAUUUUGGAAAUAACAGGUAAUAUUUUUUUAUUCAAAAUAUUUACUGUUGUCUACGACUUUCCGUAUAACCGAAUAAUCACAGCUAUGUGUUUAUUACUUCUAUAGGGUUCAUUACACUCAAAAUAGUAGAAUUCAGAAAACUGAUUAUUAAGGCUUGAAAAUUUCCCUAACUAGAGAUGAUAGUAAUCGCCAAAGGUUAAUGAUUUUAAAUUAAUGCAACCCUAAAAUUAGCGACACAUCUUUUAAUUGAUGUUGGAAAACAUAUUCCAUGGUACUAUUCUCAUUCGUAUUCAUCCAUUUUUAAUAUAAUUUGGGAUUUAAUGUUCAAUAUUAAUUACAUAUGGUCGAAUCUAGUGUAAUUAUUGAUCGAAAUGAACUCCAUUUUCUUACUGACAAUAGAAUAUCCCAUAUUUAAAGUCUAGUUCUUUUUUAAACGUUUCUGCGAAAAUAACUUUGCACAAUACGUGAUUUAAAACAUCAACAUUAUGAGGAUAACGGAAAGUAACAAAUUCCCAAACUAGAAGAACCUCCAACCGAAGUCUCGUCCAGACUAAAAUUGGUCCAUUGUAAACUUUUCACUUUAACUAUAUAUUUUUUUAGUUUACUCAUCAGAUAGAAAAAAAUAUGAUGUGUGACAAUUUAAUAUGCUUCAAUGUGACUUUUUUUUAUUAUUAACAUAAAUAGGGUUAUUGACAAUCAAAAAUUUAACACUCUUCUUCUACUGUAACAAUAAGCCCUAGUAUCAAGUUUGGGGUGGGAAGUCUAGCUCUAAUUCUUCUUUUUACCUCAGUCCCUGAAUGUUCUAUCGGAUUUAGGUCAGGACUGUAUGCUGGCCACUCCAUAACCCGAAAACCGACUUCUGCAUUAUAAUCUUGCACGAUUGUGGCGGUGUACGGCUUUGCGUUGUCAUACAUAAAUUUCUAAAAUCUCCUCGAUAUAUCUAUCAGCUGUUAAACCUCUUCUUCUGAGAACAUAGUCGCCCCUAUGAAUGAACACAGUUCAAGGUUCGUGCUCCUAUAGAAAUUGUAGAACAGAUCAUGCAGUAACCACCACCAUAAGCACUCCGCUCUUCAAAGCAGUAAUCUGAAACUAGCUCUGUCUUGGUCUUCUGUAUCUGGUCUAUCAUGGAGGCAUAUUCUGGUCCCAUCUGAGAACAAAACAGUGGUGUCCGAUUCAGAUGAUCCUGUACAAAACGCAGGUGUGCUUGCCGAUGAGCUGGAGUGAGUUUUGGACCAAUCGCAAGUGUUUUGGGGGACAGGCUAUUUACCUGCAAUCGUUGUUUUACAUUCCACUGACUAAUGGUCACUCCUCGCACCUAAUGGAGCUAUCGUUGCACUUAAACAACAUUAAGGUGAUUAUUAAUGUUGUUGACACAAUAAAGCGUAUGUAUAUCUUUUUCUGCCAAUUCCAGGUCGCUUAUGGAAUGAUCCAGUCUCUUCAUAACGCUGGCACACUUUUCGAACCGCUGCGUGGGCGGCUUUUGUGAUGUAGUAUGCAUUAAACUAACACUUGAAUACUAUUAAAACGCAAAAUACAGGUUGAUACGCAUAUAAACGAUAAGCCCUACGUAUAAAAUUAUACUCACAUUAAAUCAUAUUAAAUUGUCUUUCAAACAGCAUAUUUCUUUUUUAUGAUCUGAUGAAUAAAUUAAAAAAGAUCUAGUUGAAGUCAAAAGUUUACAGUGGGCCGAUAUCUAUGCACUCAAGUUCAGAUACGAAGAUCAAAAUUCAGAAUUGAGACUGCUAUAGCCUAAUAGACCUAAUCACCUUUGAAAUACAAGUAAGACAAUAAUCCACAUUUGCCACAUUUGUACUGACAAAAACUGAAUAAAAAGAAUUAGAUGAAAUUCAAAGUAACUUAAUGCGAAUGAAUUUUACAAAGAAACACCCUCAUAAAUUGCCUAUAAACAUUAAUAAUCAUAUUUUUUCAUACGCAAACACCGUAUGUAAGCGUGAACUAUAUUCUAAGAUUCGAAGUAAAAAAAUUUCAAGGAAAGAAAUGUAGAAAUGGAUCUCAAAUGUACUACAAAUCAUGCAAAUAUCCCAAAACAAGGUAUUGAGGGCUAGAGGGCUAUUGUUAACGCCUCCAAAGGGACCUAGGAAUGGAAAUAGUAAAAACGAGGAAAAAUAUUUUGAAUAGAAUCAUAAAGCAAUGAGAACGUUGAAUUAAAUCAGUUGCUGGACCAACGUGAGGUAGUUGAAGAUUCAAGAGUUGUUUCUGAUGUACAUAUCGUGGUAUACCCUAUACUUUACAAAGAACUAGAAGCUGGUGCACCGAAUUCAUAUGAAUUGUCAGUUUUUAAGUUGAAUUACAUAUUUUUCAUGCUAUUUGAAUCGAUUUGGAAUUUAUUUAAAGGUGACUAGCUACCAGUUCUUGGACAAUAGUGAAUAUUAUAGGAAAAUAAAUAGCUACAUGUGACGUAGACGAAUAUAUUCAAUAUUUAUUCAAUUAGAAGAAUUUGUAAAAAGAUAACUUCAUGUUUAUUGUACUUACACUUCGCCUUAAAUCGUGAAAGCUCUACUGUCUUUUAAUCUAACAGGUAUUUCCAUAAAAAUACCUUGUUAAAAGAAGUAUUGUGAUAACUAGCUAAAUUUUAUAUUUAUUGAAAAUAUAUAGAUAUAGAAAAACAAAUCUAGGACCCAUUUCACUUUUAAGGUAAAGUGAAAAGAAAACUCUAUUCUAAUCUAUAAGUACCUAAGAUGUAAUUGGUAUGAUGUUUAUCAAAAGAUAUAUCAGGUUAAGAACAAAAUUGAAAGCAUGCUCCAAUUGUACAUAAUAUUUUAUUUUCCGUUCUAAAAUGAAAUAUCUUCUUAAUAAGACGUGAAACAUUUUUCGGAGUUUGAAUUUGAUAAUUAUACAAGUUUUGUUGGGUAUCAGUUAAUUGGUAAAAUAAGAGAGAACUUGCUCUGAUACUUACCAAUAAUUCAAAUAUGAUCAUUACUAUCUCGUCUUGUUUAUCUGUAUGCUAAAUCUAAACUAUUUCGAAUAUUUCAAAUUAUUGUGUCCAUUUUGUCCCCCAUGUGUAAAAGUCAUUCCUUCUUUUAGUUACUGUACUUAUUCAUGGAAAAUCCCAAUCAUGUCAAAUUUAAAUUAUAACAUUUUUCAACGUGGUAACCCCUUUUAUAUGGUUACUACCCCAAAUUAUUUAUAUUGCUUCACAUUUUCCUGAAUAAUGUCCGCGAUCUUGCUUAGGAUAAAAACAAAAAGAUUUUGAGUUCAUCGUCAGUUUCAGUUCUUGUAUUUUCUUGUGUGUUUUCGUUUUCACUUUUAAGUUCUCUCAAGUCCUGGUCUUCCUCCGGUUGAAGGGAAAUAUUAACAGAGUUGUAAGAGUCACUGGAAAUUUCACAGAAAAACAAGUAAAAGGCAAUUACCAACUCGUAAUUGUGAUAAGGAUAUUAACAUAACACCGAAUAUAGGAAAUCGGAAAAAAAUUUCAAUAAGAUCUUUGUUUUUUACCUCAAUGAAUACAUUUUCUUAUUCCCUAUCAAAUGACAUUGAGUUUUCACUGUCCUAAUCGUAUUUAUAAUGAGAGGCUCAACUUGCAUAUCAAUGACAAUGUCUAUAUUGCACAUUUUGGUUUCAACCAUUUCCUGGACACUCUUUCCAGUUAUUCAAUGUGAUUCUUUCAUAGCUUCAUGAAAAUUAUUUUUAACGUCAGAAAAUUUGAAUGUUUUAUUUCGGUAAACACUUGAGGAAGAUACGAAGAUAAGAAAGUUUGCCGUUUUAGAAAUAACGUCAUUAACAGUCUUGUCAUUAUUUUCUUGCAUUUCAUUUUUAUGAAUAUUCAUUUGUAUUUCGCUAGCAUUUAAAGUUCUCUUCUUAGGCGAAGUAUAGCUAAUGUUAUCAUCUGUUUCCGUGCCAGACAUGCUUAAGAAAAUUAUGCAACAGAUAAAUAAAAACAAUACGAUGCCAUCCAUAUACUUCACCUGAUAUAACAUCUUCUUCAGUGAUGCGGCGCUCGCUCCUCCCACGCGGCUUUUUAUUUGUGAUAUAUUAUGAUCCCACUGAGUUGAACCAAUAACGAUGCCACGCCACGUUUCGUCCAGAAUUUUCACGUGCUGAUUACGCACUGAUCAUUGUUUUGGUUCACUAUUUUUUUUUUUUCGUUAAAUGAACUUUAAGUUUCCAACGAACACUCAUAAAUUUUCUUCGAUGUUUUUGAAGGUAAAUUACUCUUAUUUACUGUUUUGCUUUAUAGGUUGAAAACAAACUCUGUGCUGUAAAUAAUUUUUUAAGACCAAUAUGACCUCUACAAACGUUAAACAAUCACAUUUGGAAAAUAAUUAUGUUUAUAUAUUGUGCAUGUGAAACUUAAUCUUUCAAUUAUCAAACCCGCUGAUUAUCAAAAAUUGAAAAAUUGAUAUCAAACAAAACUUGAUAGUUUUAAAAAUAAGGUCGUGCCUUAGUAGAUAUUCAAAAAUUAUCAGUCAAAAUAUACAUAUAAAUUAAUAUAAGAGCUUCCCUUAUUAUAUGAAUGGAAGUUUUGUACAUAUGAAAUUUAAAACAUAUGCUUCCCAUUAAAAAAAAAGAAAACAUGUUGUACAGCGAGAUAUUCUAAAUCUUCCUUUAGUCUUCAUAUGAAUUGUACAGGAUAUUUCUUGGUGACUGUGACUUAAAUUACCAAAAAACAACUCAGAACGUACCUGAAUUUCCCAUAAGAUUGUUCAAUUUGAAUAAAAUUCGUUUCAUUGAACUUUUUUUUCAUAUUCUGACCAAUCUUGUUACUGCAUUACUUUCUACUUUACUAAUUUUACAUAGUGUAUAAAUGAUUAUAUUUCGGUCAUAAGCACCGAAGUACAAUUGCCUUCACAGUUGUCUCCGUAUACAUUAAAUAGUUUUAUAUUUAUGUCCACGUUCAAGUAGUGUUUAACUGAUGCAACUAAUUUGUUCACAUAAUUUUAUAGAUAUGUCUGUGGAUGGAUAAUUCUCCCACGUUCAUCUAGAAGGCUUGUUAUUUAGGUGUCGUUUCGAGAUAAUCAAGGCGUGAGAACUCAUUUUAAAAUGGCGCUUUAUCUUUUCUAAUCACUCUAAAUCGCCAAAAAUGUCUGGUGCGUAUCAGCAAAAAACUGAACCAGCUGCGAUUGAAGGUCAUCGUCAUUUGUGAAAGUUUGACCAUUCAAAAAAUAGUACAAAUUUCGAAAUAAAUGCUUAUUAGAUGGUGCCAGAUCAAGCCUGUAUGAAGAAUGUGGUUUCACUUCCCAGCCAAGCUCCAAUAGUUUCCCUCGAGUUGCCAAAGAUAUGUGGGGCCUUGCAUUAUCAUGGUGGAACACUAAACCUUUCCAAUUUGACAAUUGUGGCCGUUUUUCUUUGAUUGCUUCAAUCAGUUUCAUUAAAUGAUGACAGUAAACAUCAAAAUUGAUCAUUUGGUUCCUUGGAAGCAUCUUUGUAAUCCCACUAACUGACAGCAUGGGCUUUUUUUAUUGUUUUUCAGCUUUCGAUGUUGUUCAUCAUGUGUGCUCCAUGAUCGUUUUCGAACUGUUACUGUACAGGACCCAUUUUUUAUCACCAGUGAUGAUUCUUUCCAAGAAAGGGCCGGUUCCAUUUCGUUUGAGGUGCAUAUCGCAAAUGUUGAUUCUUUAUGAUAAAUGAAUUUCUUUCAAUUCGUGAGGUAUCCAAAUAUCAAACUCCUUAACUAGCCCAAAAUAUUUUAAGUGUCUGUGAUAUAUGUAGCCUCUUCACAACCUCUCGAACAUUUUUUGACGAUCCUCUUCAAUUAUGACUUUGUUCAUCAUCAACUUCAGUAGGCCAACCCAACCAGAUCGUUGUUGAUCCUUGAGGGAAAAAUAUCCAGAACGGAAUUUUUUAUACCAAUUCUGACACAUGCGCUCUGUUAAGCAAUUAACACAGAAACUUGACAUAUUUCUUUUUGAGCCGCAAAAGCUUUUGUUCCUCUACGGAAAUAAAAAAGUAAAAUAUGCCGAAAAUGUUUGUUUCUGCAGUCCAUUUGAUAUUAACCCACAACUAAUAGCUUUGAUAAAAAUCACGCAAGUUAGAUCAAUGUGACCAGAAUCACGUGACAAACGGCAAAGUACAGAACUAACAUAAAUUGUUCAAAAAAUAAAGCAACCUCAUAGUUAUUUCCACAUUUUUCAACCUAAGUCAAUUUUAAAUGUCAAAUAUGUCCACUAUCUUCGAAAGUAUGUGCAUAGACUGUUCUCAGCGGCUAGUAGGGAUUUGGUCGAUUUUGCAUUUAUUAACGGCUUUUUUAGGAUGUCAAUUAUCAUAUCUGCCUCUGCCUCCAAAAGUUGACUAACUAGAAUUUCACCUGGUUUUUCUAAUAAGAACCGUAUUGUUGAUGUGACAGGAUACUACCCUCCAUUGUCUUUUUAUAUGUGUUGGCUUUUGUUCCAGAUUUACUUAUAUUGUCUGAAACAAACUGAAAUGAUUAUUUUCAUACAUAUUUUAAAAAGCAUAUUUCAUUAGAAGGUAUUAUUAUGGAAUAUCAUUUGCUUUUGUUGAUGUCAAAAUAUAGUUUAUGCCCCUCGUGUAACUAUUUUCACAUUUUUUCAUUUAUUGCACAAUAUUCUCAGUUUCAACAUCAUUUAAGUUGAAUUUUUCCAGCCUGUUAGUUUCAGUGUCAAAAGUACGGUAAACAAAUAAUAAUUAAAAUUAAAAUUCUUAAUUAAUUUGUUAUGAGCAUAUUGGAUUAGAAAUAUAGAUGACAAGAUUGACUUUAAUCAAAAUUUCUAGGUAUAAAAAGGGUAUUGCAUAUCAUUUGACAAGACCAAUUGACAAUUUUUAAAACAAUUUCAUAGAUAUAAGACAAGGAAAUUCACAAUUCACCAAGAAAUACUCUGAUCUGAAUCUAUACGAAAUUUUUUUGAUAGAAACAUUUCACACUUAUGAAUGCUAACCAUUUUUUUAGAUCGACCUAUGAAAAAAUAGAAAUAUGUACACCAACGAUUAUUUUUAGUUAUCACAAGAUUUUCAGAUAUAUAUUUAGAGGGUGAGUUUUUAAUGUCAGGAUUGAAGUAAAGCUGAAUUCAAAGUUAUCCCAUUUUCAUCAAGCAUUAACAUGCUCAUAUUUUUUAACCAGUUUCCAGAUAUUUCUAAAAAAGAGAAGAGAUAUAAAGUUGAUAUGUAAAGUAUAAAUCCAUGUAUUAAGCACAAAACUCAUUAGUUAUCAACAUAAAUUGUAUUUUUAAUUUUCUGAUUCCUUAUAUUAAGUAAAAAAUAGAUAAGUAAAAACCCCUGACAUGUCGUUGUUGCCACAUUAGAAGUUAUAGGAACAAAUCAGAAUAUAGGGAAAUAUCUUUUUAAUAAUCAACAAGUACGAGGCUUGACCCAAACAUUUAGCAUUAUUAAAAAGUUCCCAGUGGUGUUUUCACUUUCUUAUGUAGGUCUAAAAAUCAGCUUUUUGAAUUGCUUCACUGCAUUCGUCGAAUUAAUUUCAACCGGUCUCUUUUGAGAAGUAUUUUGGAUUUAAUCUGAAAUAUACAGAGUCUGCUAAAGCUUCACACUCGAUACUUUGUUAAAUAUAGCUGUUUGAUUGAUUCGCUGGCGUCCUAUUGUGCAGCCAAUUAACGCUAGCAAUUUUUUCAGUACUUCAACGUAUACAUUAUUCUUAAGUGAUUGUGCGACGUCUCUGAGUAUAUUCGUGUGCUAUAACACCUUCAUAAUUGAAGAAAACAAUCGACGAAUUUUCCUCCGUCUUUGACGAUCAUUUUUGGUUAUGGCGAUACUUCCACAGUAAAAAUACUCUCUGGAUCGAUCAUAGCCGUAAUUCCAUAAUUCAUCAUCAGUAAUGAUUUGGAUGGUAAAAAGACACUCUAAGUGAAUGUACGUCAAUCACCAACCAACAUGUUAACUUGGUAACUUACAUAAUCGAGUUCGUGAAAACUAUUCAAUAUCCAUACCAUAUCUUGUGUUUUGAAACUGAGAUAUAAAGGUACAAGGUACAAGUAUUAUGCGCUUGAGUUUAUUGAAAUUGUCUGUUUUGUUUUUUAUAUUAUUUUCUAGAUAUCCUAAUAGAAAUAUUCCAAAGAUGGCGCUGUUUACUCAAUUCCCAUUAAAGUAAUUCCGAACAGCAAUGUCGAAUUAUGCAAGGACUACGAGGACCGUUUUUUUCCAUUUUUUUUUUCAACCUCGGAUAGGCUGUAAAUGAAAGACAAGUUCAUAUAAAACAAUAAUUUUAUUACCAAAAGAUUGGUACACCCAUGGUUUCUUUUCCACAUAAUUACAUAUCUGUGGACAAGCUUUUCAAUACUCUCUUCAAAGAAAGUUUCCGCCAGUGUAGCCUAAUCGCUCAGUAACAAUACAACACAAAACGGACCUUGAAACUUAUGGAAAUUCCGUUGUCAAAACAGUAAUGGUGAAUCAGCGUUUUUCUUUUACAAUUCUGUCAACUCGUUGAACCAGGUCAUCUGAAACGACACAUUUGCCUCCUUGGCACCUUUCAUCAAUACGGUCAUCUUUAAACUUUCGCCACCAUUCACACCCAACACCAUCACAUAUGAAGUUUUCCCAAUACACACGGCUCAUUCUCUGAUGGAUUUCUGCAGCACCACGUGGUUCAGCCUGUGGAAAACUUCGCAAUUCACACUUGGCGGGAGCAUCAAUAAUGGCGGACAUGUUUACAUGUCUGUAGCACAACGCCGACUGACGCCUGAUUGUCAAAAAUGGCGGUGUGUGUACUGCAAGAGCUUCACAGUCGCCUACAGCGCAUUCUCGCUUUCUUCUGCCCGCGUAGCGUCUGCUAGGAGCGAUCGGAGGUUGAAAAAAAACGGCACCAGUAUUUAAUUUUUCAAAUAACUAAAUAUUUUUUCAAAUGAAUCACCCGAAACCCAAUGAGUUAUGGAUCAUAAAGAGGAUUCCAAUACUAUUUCCUUACAUAUUUACUUUUGUGUUAUUUGCUUCCGUAUCUAACAUUGGGAUUACUCAAUUGUGCCAUGAAACACUAUAAAAAAAUGUAAAAGGAGUUUGAUUCAGUUUAUAUGGUUCACAAGUAGACCCGGGUCGAUAAUUUUUGAAACAAAAAAAAUCAAUAGUUGGAUGAAACGUUCUGGAGCAGGAAGAAAGAAAAGUAUACUUUAUUUAAUAUGGAUAUAAGAGAACAAUAAUGGCUUUUGGAAUUACGCUAGGGCACGUUGUCAUUUUCGAUCACCUGUCAUCUAAUCUACAUUACUACGUUCCCUCUGUUGGGUAUGGAAUAUCGCACCCCAACCACCGGGUAGGCAAUAAGCAAUGGUGUUACGAAUUACAUUAAAUUAUAUUUCAAUAAUAAAAAUGACAGGAAAAAUAAUUUAUAGGCGAUUUGAGGUCGGGAAGUGGAAGGGGGUGAGUUUUUAAGGGUGAAAAACGCUUUUUUCGUUUGCCUGCAAAACAAAAGUCUUAUGGAAAAAAGUUAAAAUGCGAUGUUGUAGGUAAUAAGAAGAUCUACAAAUUUUGUAUUCACACUUAAUUAAGUUUCUAUUUUUAUCUUUUACAAACAAAUAUUUUCUCACAAAAUUUGAUAGAAACUUAGCUAUUUAUGUCCCAAACACACUGUAAUUUAUUUUAUUUGAAAUAUAUACUUUUUCGCCUUAUUUUGUUUAGGUAUUUAAUUGAAUAUUCUCUCGUCAAAGUAUCAGCUUUUUUCUAAAAAUUCGGUGAACUUUUUGUUCGUUGAAAUUUCUACUUUCUGAUGGUAUAAAAAAUAUUACUAUCAUGACGGUAAAUUUUCUUAGAAACGGCUCACAAAAUUGCAUCCGAAAAUUUUUCUCAAACAUUUGUACAGUUUUCAGUUAUUUAUUAAAACUUUAUACUCUAAUUACACGUAAAACCUGAAAUUCAAUAUUAAAUUGAUAAACAUGAACAAAAUUGCCAGGAAAAACUUUUUUUGUUUUUUCUGAGAAAAUUAACCAUGGCGAUGAUAAUAUUUUUCUACGUCAUCAGAAAGUAGAGAUUUCAACGAACAAAAGGUCCUCUGACUUUUUAAAGAAAGCUUAUAUUUUAACGCGACAACUUUCGAUUGAAAAUUAAGGUGGUUUUUCGAUAUCAAGUCAAAAUACGACAAAAACAAAGCUAUUCCAAGUCAAAUAAAUUACAGUGUAUUUGGGACAUAAAAAGAUAAGCUUUCACCAAAUUUCGUGAAAAGAGUGUAUUUGUAAAGAUAAGAUAAAAAUCAAAAUCCAAAAACCUGGUUAUUUCAAUUUUUCACAUAAAAUUCGAGGUGAUGUGAAAAAAAUGUAUCAAUAAAAGUUAUAGAUCUUUUUAUUACCUACAAUAUUGAUAGUUAACUUUUUUCCAUAGGAUAUGUAGUUUUCGAAUCGUGAUAAACCGUUUUUUACCGUUGAAAACUCACCCCCUUCCACUUCCUGACCUUAGAUUUCCCGUAUAUUAUUUUUUCUUUCAUUUUUAUUAUACAUAUUAUUUUCCUUCUUUUACUAUUAUUUUUUUUUCACUUAUUACAAUUUUUUAAGGUUUCAUCGUUUAACAAUUUAUCUCGUAUUAAAGAUUUACAUUUCGAUGAAAUUAAUUUGUUCAAGAAUACUGUUGAUCAUAUCUUUGUAUUUUUCAAAUCAUUCAAUCGUUUUUUGUAUUAUUAUAUAAGUUAAUUUGAUUAUGACUUUAAAAAUUUAGGAGGUACAAAAUAGAUAGAAAAACCCCAAAAGUUACUUUUUGUAAUUGUCUUCAAUAGCUUUCAAUGUACAUGCAUUAAAAACUGAGAUUUUUUCAAUAAACGAUAAAAAUUUAUAAACAAAAUUGCAUCUUUUGUAAUUGAGUGUGGAAAACUGUAAUUCCAAAACAGUUUAAUACAUUAAUAAUUUUCACACGCAGGUAUAUACGAUGCGCUUUACAAUUUUUGGUAUUAUCUACUUACCCUCUUGUUCAAAUUUAUUGAAAUUAUUCAUCAAUAUUAUUGUGAUCGUGAAGUAGAUUUAAAUAUUUAGGUAAACAAUGAAACACCAGAUUAUAUUGUACAAAUAUAUUUAAAAAAGUUGAAUAUUCCCAAUAUAUAUUAUAUUGUAUGUUGUAUUAGGAUUAUAAUUAAUCACAGUAUGAAAUGUCUAACAAUAGUUUAUUUAAACAAAGUGUGCAAAAUAAUAAGAUAUUUCAACUAAGGAAAUGAUUAAAUUAAAAGUAGAACAGAACUAUUAAAAAUUGAUUAGCAUUAGUCCAAUAAAAUGAGUCCUGAAGUGUAUUCCCAAAUUUUCGAUUUUACUUUUGAGUCAACAAAAUAGAUAUGUCAAAAAUUUUUUGGAAUCAUCUACCGGAAUUUUGUAAAAUUUGGUAAAAGUUACAAAAACUCCAAUAGAACAUUGUAGAUCUUUUCAUUUUACUAAUAUUCACAAAUCAAGGGUGGCUAGAGCUUAAGGGAUGAUAAACAAUAUUCUUCUCAUAUUAUUUUAUAAAAUAAGCACUAAAAUGCUUGAGAGCAUUCCAAUAAUCUUUUCCAUUAAGCAGAGAAUUGAUAUGAAGCUUUCAUUUGUUAUAAACAAUUGAGAUUUGAGAUAUCUGAGAUUGAAAUUAUCAAUUUUCAAACAUUUUCAAGACUUUUUUUUUUUGAAAGUAUGGUAAUUGUUCAACGAGUUAUGAUUUAACCGCUAGUUACCCUGAAUUUGUAAAUAUCAAUAAUAGCAAACAACUAUUUUUGACUAAAACUAAAAGAUCUAGAACUUAGAUUUGAAAUUUGUUUUGGAAACUUUGCAUUUUGUCGAAACUCGAUAUAAAUACAUUAUCAAUUUUUUUAUCCCUAUCUGUAAGAUGAUCCCAAAAAAUUAUUGAUAAAUUUAAAGUAACCAAAAGUUCACAUUUUAAGAACCAUUUUUUGGAUUUCAAUGUGGAAGCAUCUAAUUGAUCAACAAAUAAGUAAUCUCAAAAUUAGAUAAUAAUUAAUGUGAAUCAAAAAGCUCCUCCAAAAAAGAUAUGGAAGAGAGCUUUUUCAAAUAAAUUUUAUGAUUGAAUAAAAUGCACGCUUUGUUUACUGACACACCUUGUAAAAUAAAAUUCAGAUUAUAAUAUGUCGACAAAAUUGACAGCGUACAUAUACACAAUAUUCAAAUCGAAAGUAUUAACCUAUUUUAGCACAUUUGCUCUCGUAUAAUUUGAGCAAGCAAUCAAUAAAUGUUAAACUUUUACGCUGAAUUAUCAUUGCUUAAGAUCUAACACCGUAAAAAAGUAAAUAUUUGAAAAGUGUAAACCAUAAAUCAACGUUUCUUAACUUGUAACCUUAAAUUCCCCGGCUGGAGACUCAUCCUCAGGAAGUCUCGGUCUCAAUUAAAGUAUAUAAAUAACUGGUAUAGUUGUUCCAAUAACAAUAAUUGCAGAUUAUAAAAACUUAUAUAAAAAUUUUUGCCGACAAUUUUGUUUGAUCUACUACUAUAAGCGUAGAUGCUUCAUUUUAUAAAGUGAUACUUUUUAUAAUUACUUUUUAUACAGAUGCACUUAAUUGUAGUCCUUCUUGGACUUGAAAAAAAUCAUUAUUAUACCUCGUUAACUUGCUACAACUGAAUAUUAAAUUAUAAAAUGUAAAUAGACGAGUAAAAUGUACCUGUUUCUUGUGGAGUUUGGUUUAAACAGGGUACUAGACGUAAACUGAGCCCUUUUUGUACCCCAUUCGUUUUUUUUGAGAUGUAAGGACUAGUGAAAAAUUCAUUUCAUCUUAUUAGAACAAAAUUUCUAGUUUGAUUUUAUUUAUAUUUUUAUAAUAUAUCAUAUUUUGAUAAAGACUUAAAGAGAAGUCGAAACGUCAAUUUUAUCUAUUUAUCAAAAAUUAUUGAAAAAACCAAUUUGGAAAAAGAAGAGCCCUAAAAUCAAGAAGAUUAGAAACAUAAUGCAAAUUAAUAUACAACUCUGUUAAAGAGUUAAUUAAGACCUACUAGAACAUGAUCAAAGGCUGUAGAAAAUUGUUUUUUACUACAGACAGUGGUCCCAUAACUAACAAUUAUUCACAAAAACCAUAAAAUGUGUGUAAUAAUUUGAUUUGUAGGUUUGAACAUGUUAAAAUUAUCAUUGACUUAACGCAAAUAAUAAUAACGAAAUUCUCAACAGAAUGUAUUUUUGUGAAUAUGUAGAAAUGUCAAUGAUGUCGACCAUUCCAUUAAUUUAACGUAUUAAAUCCAUAUCAAAAUGAUAUAGUUCAAUUUGAAAAUAUACCUAUUGAUUUAGCUGCGAAGUAUGA